AAUCAGGAUUAUUUUUUGAUAUCUACGAUUCAACGUAUUAACAAAAAAUUUGCCCUUUUACUAGUAUUUCUCAGUGCGAAAAUUUAAAACAAUUAUUUUGCUAUUAAAUAUUAGGUAAGGAAAUUGUGAAGAAAUUUGAUCAUAUCAGCAGAUGGGACUUUUGUUCACAUUUACUCAGAUAAUUGGCAAACUAAAUGCUAAAUGAGUUGCGAUGCGAAAUGAUUUGACUUGACGUGAGUAUGCCUAUGAAUGAAUUCUCAUAGUUGCAUUUCUUAUUCAUUUGCAUAUCUUUGAAAUCCUAAUUUUAAAAACUAAUUUUAAAUUUAUGUACGUAUGAAAACUUAAUUAUAAACUUGUCCUAAUUAAUCCAGACUGGUUAAAAUGCCUUAGAAAAAGUUAUACUAUAGUAGUUAAUUCUUCACUAUAUUUUACAAAAUGCAAUAUUGUUUGUAAGUCGAUAACGUCGAAAUGGAUUCAGCCGGAGAAAAUAAAUAAAUUAAUUAAUGCUUCUCUUUAUGCUCCAUGAAAAUUAGUGGGAAACAUAAUUUUGUAUUGUAAUUUUAUUCAUAUCUGAUUUUCUAUAAAUUUUGAAAUAAAAAAAAAACAUAAUUUGUUUUUAAUUGUUCAAUUAAAUGACAUGAUAAUUACAAAGGUGAUAGUGUCUUCGCUACGAAAAAAUCGAUCCAAUUUCCGGAAACGUAGGAAACAAAAACUGACAAUCAUCUCACAGCGACGUCAACGGCAUGGCGGAUAAGCCGGAACAAGAAGGAGAGGAGGAGGAAACCACUCCCAUCAGUGGGGAGGAAAUUGCUCCAGCAGAGGCAGAGACCACCCCCACACCAGAAGAAAGUGCUGCGCCCAGCGAGCCUCCCGUCUCAGAAGAAAGUGCUGCGCCCACCCCGCCUCCCGGCGCAGAAGAAAUUCCUGCGCCCACCGAGCCCCCUGUCGCAGAAGAAACCGCUCCGCCCACGUCACCUCCCGGCGCAGAAGAAACCGCAGCUGCGCCCACCCCGCCUCUCGUCGCAGAAGAAGCGCCACAAUCUCCCCCAGAAAAUAAGGACGACGAACCCAAACCAGAUUCUCCCACCACACCCGUCACACCACAACAAGACGAUUCACCACCAAGUGAUGUCGCUGGUGGAGAAGAAUCUUCACCCCCUUCCGAACCUGGCGUCGUCCUCCCUCCCUCCACUCCAACAGAACAAGGCGACGAAACCGCAGGGGAGGAGGAAGAGGAAGAAGAAGAUCUCGCCUUCCUGACCGACCUCGACCGUCGUGAAGAAACUCUGUCAAAAGAAGAAUUAGAAUCAGAAGAGGCCGAUUUCCGCGAAAAAUAUGGUCUCGACCUGGGCGACGAAGAGGAAGGUGACGAAGAUGACGAAGAAGAAGAGGAGGACACCACGGAAAACGUCGCACCGCCAAAACUCCCCUCCGACGAGGAACUCGCGGCCAUAAUCCGAUUCUUGGAGGAGGAACGGGAAGGCGAAGAAGGCGACAAUUUGGGCGAUAAUGAUGAACAAGAAGACCAAUCUCCAGAAACGAAUCUUCUUCCCGUCCAAGCAACACCCACGGAUCGUGGCGACGAACCAAACGUGAUCGUUUUGGGGCCAGAUCACCCAAAAAUGGCGAGAUUUCAGGCCGCGCUCAACGCCCAUUUGAAGAAACAGAUUUACCUGGCGGAUAUGGAAAUUAGGAAUAUGGAGAAUGAGCUGAAGUCUAAAACGAGAGACCGAACCGAGCUGGGAGCCUCGUUGUACAAUUAUCAACACGAAAUCCAACGCCAAACCGAGACGAUGGAACGGUACGAGAAAGAAAUGGAUACUAUGAACAAGAAACGGGACAAGAUUGAGAAGAAGGCGAAAGAGUUGAAGGUCGUGUUGGGCGAGAUGAAGGCGGAAGUGAGGAAGGAGGAGGAGAAGGAACUGACCCUUCGUGACUCCAUGAAAGCGCUCGACUACACGGAACACGUCGUUCGCACCGCGGCAGAGAAAUACGAAGGCGAGCUAAAAAUUCGCCACUUGGUGAACGAAAAGUUGGAAAAGUUGCGUGCCAAGGCGGAAUCCGAUAAGCGAGAUCAAGACUUCUACUUGGAUAAGGUUCUCACGCACAUGCAAUCCAUGGAGUUAAUCAACGCCGGAAUCAAGAGGCAAAUCCAGGCCCAUGUCGAUGAACAGAGUCAGCUCAAUACGUACAUUAAUGAAGCUGUGACGGAAAUUGAAGCCCUUCAAAUCGAGAAACUUCACCUCCAAAGAGCCUGGAAUGAAACCGUGGCGGUCGUGAGAGUGCGAGAUGACGCGAUAAAAGCGGCCAGAGAGACUUUUCAAAAAGUCGUUGAGGAGCUACGAAUUCGUGAAAGUGAGUUGAGAGCUAUGCACCGACUUAUCGCCAAGGAACAAGAGGGACACGAACGUUCAGUAAUUUUGGUCCGGCGGAGAAAAAUGGAGGAACGCGUCCUCCGGAGACGUCUCGCCAACCUUAAAGCGAUCAACCAACGACUCCGCGACCAACUCGGGGAGCUUAGCCAAGUCCGAAAAACCGUCGAAAUGGAGCUCCUUCGUGCAAAUGCGGCCUUUUCGAAGAGGGAGAAGGAGCUAAUUCAACCCAGGCGCCGAUUGGAAGCCUUGGUCCUGGAAAAGAUUAAACUAGAGGACAAAAUAUUGACCGCGAUGCAAGAACAAAGCGGACUUUCCAAGACGUCAGCUCAUAUUCAAGGGCUGAUUAAAGAAGCUCGCAUUAAGACGCGCAUGAUGGAGUCUGAAGUGACCAAAGUUGAAAACGAGAACAGUCUCCUCGCCGUAGACGUGGAGCAUUUGAGAUCGUCCCUGUUCAAGAAGACGUCCUCCUUGUCGGAGCUGGAAAAGAGGUGCAUCGCCCAGGAAAAAGUUUUAGAGGAACAACUCCGUGAUAUUGUGCAAAGCGAGAGAAUCAUCGCCAAGAAGACGACCGAAGUAGAAAAGUUGAACAAAAAGUUGGAGAAAUUUAUUACCAAAGAGGACGGUGUCGAAAUGGGUCCGCUCGAACGAGAAAUUCGCAAUUUGGAGAAGCAAAUCCAAACUGAAAAGGACGAGGUUAAUCAAUUGCAGGAAGACUGGUUGAAAAGACAGGACGAUUUAGUCCGGUUGAGCAAUCAGAGGGAUUAUUUACUCCAUCAGAACGAACUUCUGAGAAAAGAGGUUUUCAUCAUGGAGAGAAAACGUCAAAGGCUGGAUACGGAAGUGGGAAAGAAAAAGGACGAGAUAAAUCGCAUCCGGAAAGCGACGGAAGGAUUGAACAAGGAAAUUUCCGCCGUGAAUGCCAAACUGCAUCGGGACAAGUCAAGCCAUGACCAGAUGGAUAAGGACAAUGUCCUCAUUCAGAACGAGUUCGUCGCCAUGCUCAAAGACGCUGAAAUGGAAGCGCUCGAAUUGGAGAGAGACAUCGAAUAUCUGGAACAAGAAAGGGAAACGAUCAUCCACUCUUUGCGUGAGGCGCAUGAGCAGAACCUCAGUUGGGAGAAGAAGGUCCGAUUAGCCAAGGAGUUAAAGGACAACUUGAAAAAAGAGCAGGAAGGGUCCAACUCCGCCUUAAAGUUGGACAUUCAUCACAUGACGGUUCGCUAUCAUGACAUUAUUCGCGCCCAGGAGAAACUCAUGGCUGAUUUGGAACGGUCGAUUGAGCGUCGCGACAGAAUUAUUCAACAAGCCGAUAUCGCGCUCCAUCACAAAAAUAAGAACGUUCGCAAUACAAAGUUGAACAUUCAGAGGAAUUUUACCUCGUUGAGGGAGAAAAACAAGUUGUUGGCGAGGGAAGCAAGAGAGGUUGAGCAGCAAGUGAAAACCACGAUGGACAAUAUUCACCAAUUAGAGGAAAAAUUGACGGAGGCUUCAAACGAGCUGAAUCGCGUAAAGGAGACGAUUCUCGCGUGUGAGGAGAAAAUCGCCGAGGCGUCAAUUCUUAAGCAUAAGAAUUUGGUGGAGAUCGUGCUACGCCAAGAAAAAUUUAGAACUCUCGAGUCAAUCAAAUACAAUAGGUACAAACCUGCCGGACGAAGUGUGACAGAAAUCGGCAAAAUGUUGGAGGAAGCGGAAAGAGACUGUUUCGCCCUCAUGGAACUGGCCGAAGAUAUCGGGAAAGAAUAUCCUGAAGCCCUUGUCCACCUUAAAAUAGUCAAAGCCAGCAUUUUACCCACGUCCGUGUAACAAAGAUCACCUCGUCAACCAUAUUGUCCAAUUUGAUAUUAUUAGUAUGCGUAUGAAAAUCUAUAUCUUUUGUAUGUAAAAAAUCGUAGCUUAAACAAAAAAUAAAAUAAUUGC